CCACGAUUGAGCGCUCUUGUGCGGCUCGUUCCGUUUGCGGCUGCUCCCUUGUUUUGUUCGUUUUGCGAUUCGGCCACUGGUCGGCGUAAGAAGUUUCCAAUCGGCGGGUGGUGAGAAACAAAGCCACUAUCAGCGGUCGGCGCGGCCGAGACGAACAAUACGGGCGAUCGUCGCCAGAUAACCCUGCGUGCCCACGACGGCGGUGGUCGCGAGCCGUUCACUGAGCGUACAGCAAUGCGACGGGCGGGAGCCAGCGCUGAGGACGGCAUACGGUUCCGCUUCAAGCAGCAGUACACGCCAGAGCAGAGGAAGCAAGAGGCGGACGCUAUCCUCCAGAAGUACCCUCAACGUAUUCCUGUGAUUGUGGAGCGGGCGCCCAACUCGCACGUUCCUUCCAUAGACAAGCAGAAGUUCCUGGUGCCCAAUGACAUCACGGUGGCGCAGUUUAUGUGGAUCGUGCGCAAGCGCAUCCAUCUCUCGCCGGAGAAGGCACUCUUCGUCUUCGUUGGUCGCCUUAUGCCCCAAUCCAGCCUCAGCAUGGGAGACCUAUAUGCCACGUACCACGACGACGACGGCUUCCUCUACCUCGCCUACAGUGGUGAAAACACGUUCGGCGGCCUACGCUCCGGAACAAGUGUGCCCCUACAGACUUGAACUGUCGUGCCUGCGUGCCUCGUAGCGCGCUGUUCGUCCGUAUGCUUCGCGGUGCAGCAAGCGGCCGCCUUCAUUUUAAAGCAAUACUCUCGCGUACUCUUCUGUGGCGGCUUUUUUUUUCUUUUUAACUCUUGUGCGGUCGGAACCCCUUGCGCAUCCUAUAUGAAGUGGCGUAACAUAUGGCAGCUUGUUACAAAUAAAAUUAGCUAUUAAAGAAUAUGUGAUGCCGGGUUUCGAUCACUGUGUGUCGCGCAUGCACCACGAAGACAGUGAUCACGAACUAUUUGUAACCGCGCUUCACGGCUCGUUGCUUUCGAUGGUGUAUUUAAGCUUUGACCAGCCCUAUCGGUUUGCAAGUUUAAACGUUUAGGCCAACAGUUCGCCUGGGGCCGCGAUCUGGAGCGAGCUGUGUCACAAGUUCCAGGCUUUCGGUUACCAUUCCAUUCAAAGCAUCCAUGGUUUGGCGAUUGCUAUUCGCCCACAGGGGAGAGCGUGCGCUACAUAUUCAGUGUUGUAUGCUCAUUUGAAGCUUGUUGCGUACGCGCAGCGUCUGAUUGUUUGAAGAAAGACAUCGUUUUCGUUGUUUUUUUCUUAACGAACAAGCGUACUACAAACUCAAGCGUGCUACGUACCAUGUCUCCCGUAUGCCGCUUUCUGCGCCUCCAUUAAGACCAGUAUUAAGACUCGCAAGGCAGUGCUUAAUAGAUCUUUGAUAAAUGUGCUCACUGGUGACAUGAAAGAUCUGGAAUAGAUAUGCAGGUUUUCUCGACUGUUUGAACAGAAAUGCGGCGUUCUAUAUUGCCUGCUCAUGUUUCUCUUUCGAACGCGUAGUCAUUUAU